GCUGCAUCCCUGCCUGGCCACCAUGACCAUGGCGGUCUUUUCCAGGGCUCGUAUCGCAGCGCUUCGUUCAGAGGCAAAAAGAGCGCGCGAAUUGUAGUUUAGUUGGGAGAAAUUUAAAUCGGAUCACAUUCAAUGAAAGCUUAGGACCAGAGAGCGAGGACUACGCGCUGAGCUCCAGACGGGGAAGCCGUGUGUGCGAUGGCCGGAGACGGCAGCGUGUGGAGGCUCGUGGGCCCGCUAGCGGAGCUCUCCCAGCGGCGCUGCCGACUGCUGCACUCGUCCUUCGGCCGCGGCUCCGACGUGUGUCUCUUCUACCUGCAGGGCCGCUUCUCCGCUAUGGACGCCCGCUGCGCCCAUUCGGGUGGACCGCUGUGUGAUGGUGAUAUUGAGGAGGCUGAUGGAGUUCUUCAGGUCUUCUGUCCCUGGCAUGACUACGACUUCGAUAUUCAGACAGGGAAGUCACAGACUGGCUUACAGCAACAAGUGCACAGUGUGAAGGUAGAAGAUGGCAAUGUAUAUGUGAAGCAUGCAAGCCUGCUCUCUUUAGAGCCCUUUCCUCCAGCUUCAAAGAGCUGAAGUCCUCACAGACUUCCCUGGGUCCAGCACAGGAAAUUCUGUUACAGUCCAAGCUAUUUUUAAGAUUUAUUACACAGACCUGAGCUAUCUGAGACAUUUUUGUCGUUAUCCGUGAUCACUACAGGCCUUGAAUCUGGCAGUGCGGGAGUUGAGUUUUUAGC